AAUAAAGCAGACGCAUUCACACUAGAAAGUUAGUAACUAUGCGACGAUCUGUCGUCGUGUUCCUUUUCUUAUUUUGCUUUCUCAUCGCCGGACUUUCGGCUGAUUAUUACGAAGAGUUUAAUGGCAAAAGAGCACCUUGGUUUGUUGGCAAGAGAGAUGGCAGAUUAUUUAUUGGUAAGAAAUCGGAAGGGAUCGAUGAACGUAUUCAACGUCUAACUGAAUUGGCUAAGGAGAUGAAGAGAAGAUUAAGAAGCCGACCAUUCUAUAUUGGUAAAAGAAAUAGGAUGUUUAUCGAUAAACGGGACAGUAAUGAUGAUUUAACAUUAUAGACUAAACUAAACAAAUAAUAAAAUUUUAAGAGAAAGAAUUAACAAGAAACAAUGAAUAAAAGAGAAAGAAACGUAAAUGAUAGUUGUUGAAUUAACAUUUUCAUUCAUAUUUUUUCUCCUUAUUUAUUUUUUUCUAUUUUCUUUUCUUCUUCUUUUUUAAUACAUCAGAACAGAUUUAACAACUUUAAUAAUUAAAUAGAGCUCUCUCUCUGUUACUCUCUGUAUAUUAUAUGUAUAUAUUUAUCUAUCAAAUUUUCUCUCUUUCUCUCUCUCUCUCUC